UCCUCCGCCUCGCGCCGGGCUCUCCUUUUGGCUCCUGCCGAUGGAGGGGAGGCUGUGAGCUCCUCAGCGGCUGGGGCGCCCGGCGGAGGCGGCUGAGGCGAAUGUGGCGGGGCUGAGGGAGCCCUCCUCCUCCUCCUCCUCCUCGGCCGGCCCGGCUCCAGCCCCGCUCCCUCGCCCUCCUCCUGCUUCCCGGGUCCCGCCAUGUCCUACCCUCAGGGCUACCUCUACCAGCCCCCGGGCUCGCUGGCCCUCUACUCCUGCCCGGCUUACGGGGCCUCGGCCUUGGCGGCCCCCCGGAGCGAAGAGCUGGCCAGGUCCUCCUCCGGCUCGGCCUUCAGCCCUUACCCGGGAUCCGCCGCCUUCACCGCCCAAGCCGCCGCCACCGGCUUCAGCAGCCCGCUCCAGUACUCCACCGACCCGGCCACUGGAUUCCCCUCCUACAUGGGCUCUCCCUACGAUGCCCACACGACGGGCAUGAGCGGGGCCAUCAGCUACCACCCCUACGGCAGCCCGGCCUAUCCGUACCAGCUCAACGACCCGGCCUACCGGAAGAACGCCACGCGCGACGCCACCGCCACACUUAAGGCCUGGCUCCAGGAGCACCGCAAGAACCCCUACCCGACCAAAGGCGAGAAGAUCAUGCUGGCCAUCAUCACCAAAAUGACCCUCACCCAGGUCUCCACCUGGUUCGCCAACGCCCGCAGGAGGCUCAAGAAGGAGAACAAGAUGACCUGGGCGCCGCGCAACAAGAGCGAGGACGAGGACGAAGACCUGGACGGCGGAGGAGGCGGAGGAGACGGGGCCGGGCUGCGGGGCAAGGAGGAGGCCGCCUCCGAGAAAGCCCGGGACAGCAACGAGACCUCGGCCGAGGAUGAAGGGAUCAGCUUGCAGGUGGACUCGCUGACCGACCACUCCUGCUCGGCCGAAUCCGACGGCGAGAAGGGCCCUUGCCGGCCGGGGAACCCACUCUGCGAGUCAGGAUGCAAAGCCAAGUACGAGGAGAUCGAGGAAGACGACGAUGAGGAAGAGGAAGACGACGUCGACGACGACGAAGAGGACGAGGGGGCCCCGCAGUCGGGCCGGGGUCUCUCCGCCAAGCCGGCCACCUCCUCUCCUCUGACCGGGGUGGAGGCCCCCCUCCUGGGCCACCCGCACGGGGAAGACGCCGCCCGGAGCGCCCACAAGGCCGCCUUGGACGCCCGGAUCCCGCCGGCCUCCUCGGCCUCCUCGGCGGCGCCUUCGCAGGGGACCCCGGCCAGCAAGCCCAAGCUGUGGUCGCUGGCGGAGAUCGCCACCUCGGACCUGAAGCACCCGCCGCCCCAUCCCCACCUCCCGCCGCCCCCUCCGGGCCUGGGCCAGGGCUGCCCCUCGGGGCCCCCGCCGCCCCCGGCUGCCUCCUCCUCCUCUUCCUCCUCCUCCUCCUCCGCCCCGCACAGCGCUGCCUACUCGCCCUCGUCGCUCCUGGGGAGGCAUAUUUAUUACACGUCGCCUUUUUACAGCAAUUACACAAACUAUGGGAACUUCAAUGCCCUCCAGGGCCAGGGCAUCCUCCGGUACAACGCCGCCGCCGCCGCCGCCGUAGCUGCCGUGGCCUCCGGCGAGGGACUGGUGGGCCAGACGGUCCUGGGCAGCAGCGGCGCCCUCCACAAGCCGGCCUCCGAGAACCCCCUGAAAAGCCUCGAGCAACACUACAAGCCCCCCAGCGCAGACCCCAAGAAAGACCCCACUGAAGUGUGCACAGUAGGAGUGCAACCAUACCUAUAGAAGUGCAAUCACACAGCAGCCAGGCAAGUAGGUGUCACAAUUGCUUUGAGAAAAGUCAACAAGCCAUCAUCUCUUCCCCAAAGCUAAUCUCUCUAUCUAUCUAUCUCUAUGUCUAUCUCUAUCUCUAACAAAAACAAAACUCUAAAUCCGGAUCACAUCUUGUGCCACUGUAUAAAAGAAGAUCACAGGAACACUGUUAAACCCUACAAGACUCUAAUUAUUAUUAAACCGGGAUUUUGUUGGACAUUAUGUGAGUUCGCUGGUUAUAGUCUAGUUUCCCCCUUCCAUGUAUGUGUGACUUUAAAAAAAGGAAGGAAGAAAGAAAGAAAGAAAG